AACAGAGGUGCUCUGAACUCCUCAAACCCGGCACAUAGUUCACUAUAAAACUGCACAGAGGGGGAAAAGGUAAAUAUGCGCCUAUAGGUAAGACUUUACCCUCCAGCUUCUCGUGUCCUCGUCACCGACAGAAUAACAGCUGGAGUGACGUGUGACCGUGUUAGUGGGCGUUCAGUGAGUGGUUCAGUAACGGGAGCUGGAACCCCGAGCAGUGUGGAUCUGCCUCUCUGUCCGGACAGCGCGGCUGUUCGUCUCCUCUCCUGCGCCAAUGGUACGCACAGAUUCCCACUAAUGCGCGCUGACUGGCAAACUGAGCAGAUCGACGAAGGGUUUCCCACAAACUAAACAUCCCAACUUGGACUCAAAUCGACUUCGGGACUUUUGAUGACUCGGAUUUGCACACCUGUGAAGGAAAGCAACACCCAGCCUCAUGAGCAUGUGGAUAGAUGAGGCAUCUGCUAACACAAGUGUACAGUCCACAUCUGCUGUAAUUUAGGGUUUGCUCUUCCUGUGCCACAUUCACACCAUGCCUGAGGGGGCGGGCCGGGACAGCCAGAAGAAGUCGAGUAAUCAAGGUGCUAAGCGGCCUUCAUCUGUCUCCUCUUUGAGUGGGAUCGUGAGCCGGAUGGCCUCCUCAGGUGGCACCUCUCGUGGGAGCUGCACCUCCGUCAACACUGUUUGUUCUGACAGCGAUCGGGGAGCGAGUCUCAGCUCUUCCACCUCCUCCGCCUCAUUGCAAGAUGGCCACUCAUCCUCCUCCUCAUCUUCACUGCCCUCAGGAGCUGUUCCAUCCUACAAGUCACUACCCCAGCGCAAUGGCUCUGACAUAAGUCUGGACCUCACGCCGUUGUCAGGCUCAGCCCCCUCUCCAUCCACGACCAUGCCAAAACUUUCACGUCUGCAACGUGUGUUGCUGGAGAUCGUUGAGACAGAGCAGGCCUAUGUGAGGGAUCUAAAGAGUAUAGUUGAGGACUAUCUGGGGUGCAUCAUUGACUGUGGAGACCUUCCCCUCAAACCUGAGGAGGUCAGCACACUGUUCUGCAACAUAGAAGACAUCUAUGAGUUCAACAGUGAGCUUUUGGAAGAUCUGGAGCGCAGCCCUGAUGCAGCAGCUAUAGCCGAAUGCUUUGUGGAGAGGAGUGAAGCCUUUGACAUUUACACUAUUUACUGCAUGAACUAUCCCAACUCAGUGGCCGUCCUCAGGGAAUGCAUGAAGAACGAAAGCCUGGUGCGCUUCUUCCAGGAGAGGCAGGCCACUCUCUGUCAUUCACUGCCCCUAGAGGCCUACCUGCUAAAACCUGUGCAGAGGAUCUUGAAGUACCACCUCUUACUGCAGGAACUGUCCAAGCACUUUGACAAAAGCGAUUCAGGAUACGAGGUGGUGGAAGACGCCAUCAUCACAAUGACAGCUGUGGCCUGGUAUAUUAAUGACAUGAAGAGGAAACAGGAACAUGCAGUACGACUCCAGGAGAUUGAAAAUCUGUUGCUAAACUGGACCGGUCCUGACCUCAGCGGCUUUGGAGAGCUGGUUCUGGAAGGUUCUUUCCGUGUUCAGAGGGUUAAAAAGGAGAGAGCCUUCUUCCUCUUUGAUAAAAUGCUGCUAAUUGCGAAAAAGCGCAUGGAGCAUUUUAUCUACAGCACACAUAUUUUUUGUUGCAACUUGCUUCUGGUAGAAACCAUGAAGGAUCCUCUCUGUUUUAAGGUGUCAGAUCAAACAAUCCCAAAACAACAGCACAUUGUUCAGGCUAAAAACCAAGAGGAAAAGCGACUGUGGCUUCACUACCUCAAGAGGCUAAUAGUGGAAAACCAUCCCGCAUCUCUCCCUCAAAAGGCAAGGCAGGUCCUUGGUGAUAAUUUCUGUCAAUCGCCUCAGUAUGAACAGGAACCAACCCGAAAACCAGUUCCUUCUCCUAGAUUAGAUGAUGCGCAUGGAUUUCAGAGAGGAAGAAGACAAUCAGAACCUCCUGAAUUUAUCUACACCCCAGAGAAAGCUAAGAAAAGCCUUCCUUUGCUACUGGAAGGGAACCUGCCAUAUCGCAGAGGGCGCAGACAGUCAGCUCCUGCCAAAGACAUAGAGGCAGUAUUUCAACAGGGUGUAACCUCUUUAAAGGCUGGAAGUGAAGGUGAGCUCUAUACACAGGUGGAGAGCUUGGCUUCUUCAGGCAGUGCCAGUACGCUUGCAUCAUCAGUCAUUGAGGUUGGCUCAGGCCAGGAUAAAUUGUGUCUUGGUCAGGAUGAAGAUGAGGACAUGUCACCUCUCCCUACACCUCCAACGCUCUCCAUCACUGAAGAAAUCAUGCAGUUUAUCAAUGAGAGCCGUGCACGAGAGGGCAUGGCAGAGCUGUCUUCUAAUGUGAGUGAGCCCAGAUCAGAAGCCUGCAUUGAACCAGAGGACUUAAUAGAAUAUCAGAAAACACAAGAAAUAAAAGAGAAAGAUCAGCUGAAUAGUGUUUCCAGUAGACCACCAGAUAAGCAACCACUGAUUGAUAAUGAAGCAAACCAGGAUGAUGAUAUUGGCCAUGACUCAACCACAGCAAAAGAUUUUGGCGGAGAUACUUCAUCAUCAUUAUCCUCUUACUUGCCGAAACAACAUGAAAAUAGGAGUGAAUCACUGGAAUCAGAGGUAGUCAUGGCAGCACUAGUGCCUGAGCAUUUGAUGGAGAAGGAAGAUGAGGACACUGUUGCCGAAGAUAAAAUAUCACCUCUAACAAAUAAAAUAGAAGAAAUGGUUAGCAAAACUGCUGGUGAGCUGUGUGAUAACUCUGCUUCCACACACAAAACUGCUGAUAACCCUUUGCUGCCUAAAGGGGAAGUUGAACAAAAGAGCCAUCAUCAGAUAAUCGAAAAAAUCCGCAGUUACUAUGAGGCAGCGGAGGCAGUGGCCGAUGAUGGGCAAGCUUCACGCAGGAAUAGCUUUUCUAACAUUCCUGCUGGACUUGUAAAAGACUCUGUUUCACGUUAUAAUUUCUUUGUUCACCAAGUCAGCUUAUGUGAUUCUGAGAGUGGGCGUUCAGACUGCAAUGAAAAUGACCUCACGUCCAUAUCACCUGCUGAACCUGACAAAGAUCUAAAGACUUUUAGUCAGCCUGAUGACACCACUGUUGAUGCUCUAGCUGAGCAUACCAGCCAGAGUAAAACUGAGUUAAAAUCUAAUAAUGAUGAACAGAUCUGUGAUUUUAGACCUUGUAUGGAGCUAUGGAAAGACAAGGAAAAGAUCACCUUAAGUAUUCAAGAGAAAGAGAAAGCCUGUAAGGAAAGUAGCUUUGCCAAGGACAAAGAAGUAUGUGCAAAAGAUUUAUUGCCUGCAACUGACAGAAGGACUUCUGUGCUCAAUGACCAGCUUGCGCCUGAAGAGGACCACAAUGAGAGCACAGACUUUAAAACCUCUGAGCCAAAAGACAAAACUGCCAAAGAAGCUCAGUCGACUGCUGUUCCCAGAGACAAGUCUAACCCUAAUGGCAGUUUGGAUAGUCUGCCUAGCCAGAUUAAAGUGGGACGGUGGUCUCGCCAUGGUAAGGCAGUCAGCUGCAGUAGGACACUUUACGAAGGCAUUGCAGAUGUAUCAAGUAUAGGAUUCUUUGAAUCUGCUCCUAUGGAUCAGUGUUUAGUUGAGAACUCAGAUAAAAUUCUGAGUAAGGUACAAAUGUUAGCACAAAUGUAUAUGGCCAAGUCAAGUAGUAUGAAGGUACCAUUACAUCAGAAAAGAACCCGUGUUACAAAGGCAUCAUGUAAAGUAAAUUCGCCUCCAAAGUCUCAGAUACUGCUGAAUCAGGCAGAGGAAAACACACAGAAUCAACUCUCAGAUAUUCACAUGGAGUCUGUUACUCACUCUACACCUGAGUCAUUUGGACAUGUGAUUGUUAAAGAGCAAUUCACUUCAGCCUGUCACCAAGAAAACUAUCAUGACAUUACUGGACAAAAGGAGCAAGUGACUAUUUUUGAAGCGAGCGCAACAGAAAUAAUUUCACUGGAAUCCUCCACUAUAACUGAGUUUCCAUCUGAAAAAGAGGAAGAACACUUGCCCACAAAUAUGGGAACUCAAAGCUAUUUGGAGAGCUCCACAGAUCAAGACAUUCUUUCAGAUGAAAACCAAGACACACCUGCUGUUCAAAGCUCUGGAUCACAAGUCAAAUAUUGUCUUGAGCAGGACCACACUUUGUAUUCAAUUAAGGAGGACCAUUCAAUAGUUGAUAAAAAUCCAACCUCUGACAGGAAAGAUGAACAUAAAUUAUUAGUUGUAGACAAACCAGUAAUGGACUGCUGUUCUAAAUCUAGAAAUGAUUCAAAGGAAGGUUCCCCCCUAAAAGUAGAAGCCAGUGCUAUUAAAGAGAGCCAUGGUUUAAUGAAUACGCCUUGCGAAAACCCACAGUUUACAGAGGAGACAGUGGGUGAUAGCCAAAUGAGAUUAUCCAUAAAUUCAGAUUCUACUGAUGAUCCCAUAAUUUGCACUAAAGUGGAUCUAUCAUCUGUUAAUGUUGUAGAUACAUCUCUUCCAACAGAAUUGUCACAGUACCUUGGGAAUGGAGUCUCAGAAACAACAUGCGAUGGAAAUCCCAGAAUGUCACCAAAUGUACUUGAUGUUGAUGUAUCUCCUCAGUCAUGUUCUUCACAACUCCAAUAUCAAUGUUACCCUGAAACAAGCUGCACAAAUGUACCACCUCUGCAUGGUUUGCGAGAGAUGGUAACUCCACAGACUCUGGGAGGCAACAAAAAAUUAUCAAUGUCGAACCAUUCCCAAACAUCAGCUUUCUGUAAAACUGGCACAAAUAAUCUAACAAAAUCUAACAGCCAAAGAGCCGGCGACUUCCACAAUGAGAUGGGAAGCAAGAUUUCUCCUUGGAGGACAGAUAUUUCCUCCCAACGACUGUCACAAGCACAGACCGCGUCCAUGGAACAAGACCAAGACACCACACAACCAUGUGGUCAUCACUCUUCAAGUAAAAACUCAUUAUGUAACAAGUCACCCAGUUUUCCUUUACAAUUUUAUGAAACAAAGCCAUCUGUUUUUGGUUUAAGCCUUCGGAUGCGCUCGCCCUCCCCUAAUAUGAGCUAUUCAAACUCCCAAACAAAUUCUUCUGCCCUUGCCAAAUCACUUGCUGCUUCAUGUAUUAGUCAGUCAAUAUCUCAAAACAUAGCCAAAAGGAAUGCCCGCAUGCAGGCUAUCUCCCCCCCUGCCAAUUCCAGUUCAUUGCCAACAUCGUCUUUGAGACGAAGGUCUCCAUCCCCUAAACCUGCUGCUCUGACCUCUAAUGUACAGAAAGAUUCGAGCACUUCACCCACAAAGGUGACAGAAAGCCAAAUUCUAAAAUGUUCUCCAUCCCCUUCCUGCUCUACUAUUUUGCGAUCUAGCCCAGCAACUGUACAAUCCCCUCCUCCUAACCGCAACGAACAUUUUGUCCCCCCUGCUUCACCAGUUACUCAUUCAAUGGCUGAUCAGUCUCUUCAUACUGAACUGAAUAGCAAUAACAACAACAACAAUAAUGGCCAUUGUAGCAAUGCUUGGGCAAAUAGUAAUAAAAAGCCAUUAUCCUCAUCAUUAUCAUCAUCACAAAUAUACAGAGGUCCCCAUGAACCACAUCGUGAGACCUCACAUAACAGAAUUGCUCGACCAUUCCUGUCCUCUGAGCCUAACUCACGUGUCCAGUCUCCCUCUAACUCACCAUCUCUGUUCACACGUAUCUGUUCCCCACCACUUGUCCAGAAUAGUGCUGGUCCGUUAGUAACCAAACCUCCUAAUCCACGCACCCCCAGACAGAGUGGAUCCAGCCCUUUCAUUCCUUUGUCCUUAGAGUUUUCUCAAACAACUUCCUCUUCCAUUUUGUCUCCAUGUACAAGUCCACGGGUAACCUCUCCCCCUCCUAUUGGCAUUCCAACAAAUAUAUGGUGCAUUGUAAGCCCUCAGCCAAGGAAUCCACUAGUGACACCUUCCUCCCCGACAAAAACAGAAGCAACUUCAAGAGGCUCCAGAAUAACUUCACCAGUGUCAGGAUCAUCUUCAUGUUCAACAUUCUUCUCUCAGAGCCAGAGAAGAGCAAGAGGAAGCAACUUGUCAUUUGACAGCUUGACAUGCAGCCCAACAAGUCCAUUAAGAAAUGAGCAUAGGUCGUUUGCAGAGAAUGGACAAUGGACAAUGGAUUCAGAGUUGCACUCAGCUAGUCCUCAAAUGCGUUCCUGUAAUGGUUCCCCUAUGUGUGUUAGUCCAGAACCUCAGUAUCUGAUUAGGGAGAAUGCUGGGAAGAGCACUGAUGCUGAAAAGCAACUAACACACUUUAACUGGCCACAAGUGCAUGAACUGCCACCUGUUUAUAACACAGUAGACAAUUCUCAGUGUAACCUUUUACCCUCACCAUCUAGUCCCGAAACUGAACAGGGGGACUCAGAACUGGGGAAGGGUACAUGUCGGAGUAGCCUUAUCUGUGCCUAUGUGGCUCAAGCCACGUCUGUACCUGAAAAGGACACUUAUAUUCAGCCCUCAGAUGAUAGAAAGCAAGUGGACAAUGUGCCAACACAGGGGACUAAGACACAAUUAAAAACCAGUUAUGCCACAACUGUCAAUCUGCAGAUUGCUGGAAGUGGGAGAAUUGCAUCCUUUAGUAAUGCCCAGGUUAGCUUGACUCAAACUCUUGCACCAGUGACGGAGAGCCAGGGCAUGAGAAGGGUCAGCAUAAAUGGCUGCACACUCUCAAUGCAGAACUGCAAAAGGCUCUAAAAACUCAUAAUAAAAUGCCUUCUGCUUCAACCACAUUUACCAGGCACUUUACCAUGUGUAAAAGGAGACGGAUAGAUGUUCAUGUCCACUUUACUGAGAUGACAAAUUACGGGUGUUAAGUUUUUUUAUUUUUUUUAUUUGAUUUUUUUGCUCAUUGCUAAUUCUUUAGCUGCAAAGGGGUGCUUCAUUUACAACUCAAGUUUGGAUCACUGCCCAACCUGCAUUUCUAGUUUCUAUUUUAAACAGUGUUAUUUUAAUAUUUUUAUAUAAAUGUAAACUAUUCUAAUUUCUUUGUAACUUAACCAAAGCCUCUGUGACAUUUUUUAGGCUGAAAUGUGCAGUUCUCUUAUUUAUGAGACGGGGAUUUUUAUGGCACUUAACUCUUUUCUGUAUUUUGCACAAUUACUUAUGUGGUCCAGACAUAUCAGCAGUUGGAAAAGAAAUGUGUAUGUACAAUUAAGGGAAAGUAGAAGAAUGUUUUGUAUAAGAUAGUGUUAAGCAGACAUGACACUGCUUUAUUGGAAAGAUUUCAGCAUUCCAAAAUCCAUUUAUGGACUCAGUCCACCACAUCCUUUGAAAGCACCUUAGUGAUAUCUGUGGUAAUGGUAAGAUAAAAAUAUAAAAGAAUGUUGCCAGUUCAAAAAUCAGUACAAACGUUAUUUAAAAAAAAAAAAUUAUAAAA